CAUUCCAUAACCAUUUCAAGAACUAGAAAGAUGGCAGAAAAAGAAACCGACAAAAUUUCUUCAUUACCCGAAGAGCUUCUUCUCAACAUUGUUUCCUCGCUUCCUUUCAAAGAAACAGCGAAAACAUGUAUCCUCUCCAAGAAGUGGUUGAAGAUGUGGCAAUCUACCAACACAGUGAAGAACAACCAACUCGAAUGCAAGAACGUAGAAGCUUAUGGAGCCCUUGAAGCACUGCAAAGGAAGACUUUCAAGAACUUCAUCAAGAUCUGGAUCACAUUACAUAAAAACCACCGUCUCCACGAUAAAUUCACCCUCAGGGUUUCUCCUCCUUCGAACUGCGGUGACAUCGUUGGAGCCUACGUCGAUUUCGCCGUAGAGGAUGGCGUGAAAGAUUUGGAACUCGAUUUCGCCGAGGCGCAGUGGGAGGACGAACAUCCUGAAGAGAAUAUCCACGAUGCCUCAGUUGAAUUUCCGAGACACCUUUACGAGAACAAGAAACUGCACCAGAAGCUCGAGAGUUUGAAACUGCACUCGUGCAGUUUCGCGCCUGCAAAUUUCGCCAAGUUUGUGGCACUGAAAGAUGUGACUCUUGCUUGGAUUCCGUUGCAACUGGAAUCGAUUAGGACGCUGUUAUCGACGUGCAAGUGGAUCGAGAGUUUGAGCCUGAAGAAAUGUUGGGAUAUUGAAUCCUUUGAUGUAAAGAAAUUGGAACUGAAGAAGUUGGUGAUUGAUAGGUGCAUAAUUGGAACGGAUUAUAUUGGUUUUGAGGCGCCAAAUUUGAAGGUUUUCAAGUACUGUGGUUCAGUGCCGCCGGUGUCUGAAGUGAAGGUAGAAGCUGGUACCAUAGAGGAGGCAGAUCUUGAUUUAAGCCCCAUGGAUGAGUUCUUUGAAUGUGGCAACGAACUUCAGAAUUUUCUUCAAGAUUUCUUUGCGGUCAAUGUUCUUACAGUUUGCAGCGUGAUUCUUCAGGUACUUCGUAUAUGUGUGUUAUUGCAACGGUUUCUUUGGUUUUGGGAAUAG